AUGGAAAACUCAGUAGCAAUCCCAGUAACACCUUCUCUGCUCCACAACAAUCUUUCCGCAUCAGACCAAAGGUUGGCAUACGUCACUAAUGCUACAACCCCAAACCCACAAAUCCACCUCAUCAGUCUCCAAUCCAUAACCAGCCCAGAAGCAUCAGUUUUUUCUACCGUGAAAUACAACGACGCAAACACCAUCCUUUAUAUGGGCUACGUCCGCUUAGGCCAAAGAUACUUUUUACUUCUAGGUUUGGAGCAAAACAUGCAGAUAUGAAGCGAAGAUGGAAAUUCCAUGCUCGCUUAUUUUAAUAAAGGGGAACUUGCAGGAGCUGGGGCAGAUACUUAUUUUACUGGAGGCUAUGGCUGUGAGGAUUUGAGCUGUAUUCUUAUUGGAAGCUCGCUGGGGACUAUUACUCUUAUGAGAGUUUCAGAAGAAGGCCAUACACAAUAUAGUCUUUUAGUAUUUUUAUAAAAAAUUAGGUAAAAAAGCGAUUUUUGGCAUACUGGGGCAUUCAAGAAUAGAUUUUAAAAAGAUUUUGUACCCAAAAUUGAUAAAAAAUAGCGAAAAUACUAUAAAAAUAGACCCACAAUCUACGAUUUCUCCUGUAAGAAGAGCUCCUAUAUCAGCAAUAGUCAGCCUAGGAGUUAAAGCCUUAACUUGUGACGAGCUUGGCGGGGUUACUUUUUGGGACCUCAGAGCAAACAACACUAUUAGAAUUCUAGAAACAGAAGGGGCUGGAGUAUCAGGAACCGGCGCCUGCAUGGUCUAUAGAUACGCUUGUGUUUCUUUCGGAAAUGGAGAAAUCAGGAUUUAUGACAUGAAUACCCAUACAAUCGCAUUCAGUGUCUGGUCACAUACAAGGUGGAUUACAGGACUUGCAAGCUACCCAGAACGAGGGAUUUUUGCCUCCUGCUCUGAAGACUGCUGUGUUAAUGUGUGAACUUUACAAAGAGAUGAGCUGGAAUUAGUCCUUUCUAAAGAAAUCCCUAACACCUUACUUACAGGGAUCGCGAUGUGUAGAGAUAAAUUAGUUGCUGUAGGCUACGAUAAAGCAAGGCUAUUUAUAUUAUUUCUACUAAAUUUAUAUAAAAAUUAUAAGCAUUUGCCUUGUUUUAUAGAGAAAUCUGAUAAUAAGCUUAUUAUUAGACUUUUAUGCUAGUUUAUUAAAAUUUAUUAUUGAAACAAUAACAUAA